AUGGUUCCUCUUCGGUGCCUAAGGAGGACGUGUUAUUAUUCUCUGUGUGGAAAACCACGCCCUUUUUUGGACUUUUUUAUGGACACGUGUUUCUAGCAGGACACACCCUGUCUUCAGUGAGAGAAAGCCCGCAACGACACCCUUUUUGGACACGUCAGGACACCAGGACACGCCCCAAAACAAAACCUCAGGGGCCACUACACUCGGGGUGUGUGGAGCUUCUCACUUUACCGUAGCGGAACGAAUGCCGUAGGAAAUUAACAGAUAACGAUGAGUUGUGGUGCGUGAACAUGACAGCCUUGUAUGCAUGGGGUGCCAAUAGCCACGGGCAGUUAGGCCUGGGCUAUGUCAGUGAGCAGGUGACUCAACCUACACGAGUAGAUGACCUACCAGACAACAUAAGUGAACCUUCAAUAUGUACAGCAGUUGGUGGGGGAGGUCACACCUUUCUGUUGACAGCUCAGGGACGACUCUUUGGCUCUGGAUGGAACACCAGUGGGCAGGUUGGAGAUGGGACUCAAGUACGUGCAGUAGCAGGAUUCCAGCUCAUACGAGGCCUGGAGGGUCAUCACAUGGUAGCUGUGGCUUGUGGCUGGGCCCACUCCAUUGCCCUCAGUAGAUCUGGCCAAGUGUGGGUGUGGGGCUCAAAUAGUCAUGGCCAACUUGGGCUACCAAAGGAUGAGGUGCCUUUUACAAGCCUUCCAAUUUGCUUGGACCUAACGAAUGUGGUGAGCGUGUCAGCUGGCCUGCGCCACACGGCAGUUGCUACAAGGGAUGGGAGAGUGUACACUUGGGGCCAAGGUCACCGGGGCCAGCUAGGUCAUAUUGACAGUGAAGGUCAGAUGGUUAAACUGCAGCCAACACCAAGGGUUGUGGAUCACAUGGAAGGAAAGGUUUCAUGUGUAGCCUGUGGUCAGAAUACUACCUAUGGGCUGACUACAGAGGGACAUGUCCUAGCUUGGGGUGACAACAAGUGGGGGCAACUUGCUCAUGAUCCUAGGAAUGUAGCCUACUUCACCUGCCCACUGACCAUCCCUCAUAACUACUUUGGUGGGGAGCGUGUGGUUUGGCUGCGGGUGGGCUGGACCCACUGUGUUGUGGGCGUUGCCUCGGGUGCUGUCUAUGUGUGGGGCAGAGCAGACUAUGGGCAGCUUGGCCCCUUGGAAGAUGAGCAACAAGACUCCAGCUCAGACACGACCGGUAAUGAAGUUCCUCAGAAGCGUUGCAGAUAUAUACCAAGCUGCUUAAGGUUCAAGAAGCGUGUGAAAGGAGUAGCUUGUGGUUCAGAACACAACCUUGCUAUGAUUGAAGGACCUGGGGAUAGCAUCUCCCUCUUCACUUGGGGUUGGAAUGAACAUGGAAAUUGCGGAGAUGGAACAACAACUAAUGCCCUGCGCCCUGCAAAGAUUCAGGUGCCUGGGAAUCUGCAGGUUAUUGGGGCUGGGUCAGGACAUUCUUUUGCCCUUGUUAAACUUUUUUGACAUUGCUGAAUGUAAGAAAGAUAGAUGCUUGUAUUUUUAAAAUGUUUGGAGGCAAGAUUACUUUUUAUCAACAACAAAAGUUGAGCCUAGUAGAAGCAGACCAAAUAUGAGAAAGUUGUAGUAGGAAAGAUAAAGUGCUUCUACACACUGAAAACCCACAGUUUAUAAUGUCUUCUCUGUGUGAUGAAAUAUAUUUAGUUUUUAUUAUUAAGGAACGAGUGUGCAAAAUCCCAGUGCAAAAGUGUAUCUUUCCUUGAAGAAAAAAGAAAAAAUGAAAAGGACAGAGAAAGAGUAAUAUCCACUGACUGAAAGAGUUUCAAGGAAAGCCUGAGAAGCAAAAAACUUAUUUGGAAUACCAAUAUUAUUAGAGAUUUAGUAGAUUAUAAGAGAUAUAUUGCAGCUUUACUGUUAACUUUACCAGGCAGACUCCAAAUAGCAAAUAAGGUUUAUGUUGCUUUACAACAUGUAUUUGAUUAGUGAGUGAAAAAUACAAGACUGCUUUAUGCAUUUUAUAAAACCUUUAAGAAUGUACUCCUGAAAUGAAUGACAAUCAACAACAUACCCAUCAUCAGUCUAACGGAUAAUUUGUACUUUUUUUUAAUAGAAACAUCAAUAGUGCUGCUGUUUACAACCUAGUUCCAAUAAUGUAGUUGCAGAGAUUUAAGAAACUUUACAGUGAAAUAAAUGCACCAAAGUUAUUAAAGCCUUGUCAGCCAUGAGUCUUUCCAUAUGAUAUAGAGAAACAGUAAGUGAUGUGUAGUAACAUGAUUUGGUUGAAAAUACUUUUAUUGUUGUUACAGUCAUUCUUUAAUUUUUAAAAAGAACUGUCUCUCCUCUUAAUAGAAAUCUUUGUAAAGAGAUAAUUGUUGUUAUUGAGCAGCUUCUAGCCAUCGACAAGAGUUUGAGAUAAUCUGAUGCUUCUGGUUUUUAGUUGGCUUGUGCAGUGUGCAUUGCUGUUUUUUAUAUAUAUAUAUAUUCUAGUAUCCCAAAAAGUGCUUUAUGAAAGAGCCAAGUAUCUGAUAUUUGUAUUUUGGAACAGUUUUCAAAUUUGUUACUUUUUUAUAGUUUUUGAAGCUCGCACAUAUUUGGAUAGCAAAAAGGAACAAAAAGCUAAUAUUGCAAAAUUAUAUGUGUAACAAGAAAUUUCAAAAAAAAAAAAAAAAUUAAAAGUUUGGGGGUUUCAUAACAUGCUGCCUAGGGACUUCUGAGUGAGUGCUCAAAGAACAUUUGUAUUUGAUUCAGUGAUGCAUAGCCCAGUGUUUUCACUGUGAAUGGUCCUUGCACUGUAAUUCUAAUGAUUUUGAGUAAUUUCAAAUCAGUCUUACCUGUCUUUGAUAAUGAAGAUAUGUUAAUAUAAUUUAGACAAUCAAAAGCUGUUGUUUUCAGACCAUGUAAACUCCACACAUAUGAAUCAAGUGGUUUACUCAAAAUAUCAGGAGAGGAAAAGAAAAUUAUAAGACUUUGUAGCUUCAGAUAGUAGUGCUGUUAAAUACUGAUGCAUGUACUCAGGUUUUAAUGACUUCCAUGGUCAUGCUUAAAAUGAACAUUUUUUAACACUGAUACAUUAUGUGUAUUGUUCAUAGGAACAUUUUUUUUUAUUUAAUUGUAAACUCACUAGCAGUGAUUCAUUUAAAUUCUUAGUGACAUAAAAACAAAAUAAUUGAGUUUGUACUUACUCCAAAAUUUAGAUAAGAUGAGGUACUUUGACAUGGGUAUAGGAUUUAUGUGAAACAGCUUUUGCCGACAUCUGGUAGCAGGGAAAUAUAAGUUCUGGAACUGAAAUUACAUCCAUGACACUUUUUUGCAAUCUGUGAAUAUAUCUCUUUAUGUGGAGGUUAUGUAUGAAGGAACAUCUCCAAACAAAACAGCUUUUGAGUAUUAUUUUGUGAUGCAAUUGUAGUUUGCAUGAUAAAGUAUCAUAAUCAUGUCUGUUGGAGAGCUAUAAAUGUUGCUUGUAUAUUACUUCUUUGGACUGUGAAUUGGAUCGUUAAUUGUGAAUCUCAUUCUGAGUGUCAACGUUUGAGGGAAGGCCAUAUGACUGGAAUGAUAAUAGACCUUAAGUUUCACAUAACAUUGCUUAGCAGAUUGUGUUGAAUAUCUUUUUAACAUUUCUUCAGUUUUCCAGAAAUGUUAAGAGUGUUAAGCCAGCUUGGGACAGUAUUUCUGUCUGCAGUAUUUCUUUAUUUCCUUAUGAAAUACAAAGAUUGCCUGUAAACAGGAGGUUUCCAAGUAUUUUUAGGAAGUAAUAUAUACUCUUGCUCAGGUUUAAAAUUUUCUCAUAGUAGGGUUGGCAUCAAUGGCAAUACCAGAUUAUUGUAAAGAAUAGAAUUGAUGAUUUAUAUUCUUUAAAGUUGCAAUGCAUUUUACAGGAACCGAUAUCAUAUUGUGAAAUGCCAUAAUUUAUCUGGGAAACUGUCAGAAUUGUGAUGUGUUCUGCCAAUAUGGGAUUGCAUACCAAUAUGCUUAUUUUUUACUGUGAUAGAGACAUUAUGUACAUGAAACUAAAAAGUAAGAAAAAGUGAAUGACACCUGAUUUAUUAUGAAUGUUAUUUAUGCUUUUAGUCAAAGCAGUUUUUAGAUUUCUUUAAUAAGGCAAAUUUGUGUCUCUUUUCAUGUUUCUUUUUUAUUAGGUUGUUUUUGUAUAUUUGUAGUAUUGCAGGGUUAUGAUAUUAUAAUGACAAUAUAUACAGGAUUUGAUGGCCUUAUAAUAAUUAAUACUGAGGAAGUGAACAACUUGCUAUCUGCUCUUUCACUUUGGGAAAAGAUUUUAAAGAUAAGUCAGAAAUUAUAGAUGCCUGUAUCAAGGAACAGAUUGUGAAUUGAGUUGGAAUACAUUGUUCACACACCAUUUUGCUGAGAAAUCAUAUAAGAGCAAAUGGCAGUAAUCUUUUAAAAGGUCAGUAUAGCUAUAUAGUUUCUUGAGUAGGGUGCUCAAUUUUCUGUUUGUUUUGGUUUUCAUUAAACAUAAUCAAACUAAAGGAGAAUAUAAUAUGUGUAUACUGUAUAGACUAGAAAUUUGCAAGCCGAGUGUAUAGGUAAAAGAAUAAGAUGCUUUUUGUAUUGCUUCGCACAGUGCCAUUAUCUGAGAGUUCUGAGAGGUUUAUAUAGUACCAUUGUAUUUAGCCAAGAAUGCUGCUUGUAUAUACAUUUUCAUUGGUGCAUUUUUUUUACCAUUUUGCAUGUUUUCAUAGUAUUAAAGGAAAAAUUUAUUUGGCAAAGUAGUUGUGUUUGCAAUGGAUACAGGUUCAGUACUAUUUUAGCAUAAUACACUCAAAACACAACAGAAUAGUUGUUUCUGGAAUGUUUAGUGUUAUUAUUACAGGGUUUGAAAAGAUUUUAGAAUCUUUACUUUUGAAAUGAAUAACCAGUGUUUUGCUUUAGUGUCUGUUGCAGUUUUUGCCUAAAAGCAAAUAUUCAAAGAGCAUUGAUACUGAGUCUUCUUGCAUUUCACAAUGUAAAGCAAUUGGCGAUUAUGUCGUUUUUGGUAAUGCUGAAGCUGGCUGGUGGUUUUUCUGGUCAGCUCAUUUUGGUUGUCAAGGUCUUUAGCAUACCCUGGAAGAAGCGGCCUUUCCAUUGCCAUGCCUGAAGACCCUUAAACUGUCAGGUUGUCAAAGUUAAUACCUGUUAGGAAGUCUUAUCAAUUUUGUAGGAGAUAAUUUAGGAAUCUGAGGUGUCACUUUUAGAUUUCUGUUUGAAGAAAAGAGAAAGAAAAUAUGGGCUUUUUCUGAGUUUCAAGUGGAAUGCAAUUACAUUGUCAUAUUGAUUUGUUUGAAAAAAUUGUGGAGAAAGUGAUCAGAAUUGUCUUUGCUUUUUUUUUUUUUUUUUUUAAAGAGUGGUGUGCCAUUUCAACUUCAAGAUGCUAAAUAGUGUUUAAAAAAUCUUAUUGCAAUUAUAUUUGUAGGCCAGUGGAAUUCUUAACUUUUCAAGAGGUUGUCAAAACUGCUCAGAGCUGGUAAUAGGUUCGGGACCAUUGCAUCAAAUUCUUUUCUCGAGACACCACAAUCAGUCUUCGGUGUAAAGAAGGAACCAGUUUUAAAAUCCUCAUUUGCGUUCCCAUCUAUUAGGGAAUAGGAUUUCUUCCUUAUGCUCUCUUGGAGUUCGUACCAUUACUAUGAUUUUCUUUCCAACUUUUUAGUUUUGAUUUUGAUUCAGUUGACAUUGCCAUCGUCACUGCCUCUGCCACUGUCAUCAGUAUCAUGAUUGUGACUAUCAUUAUUAUUAUGAAUAGUAAUAUAUUAUUUUUAUAAUUAAAAUUAUGUUAAUAA